CGCGCCCGCAGCGGGAGCCUACUCAAGGUCGAGAAGGUCGACAGCUCGACGGAGGAAGUCCUCGACCAGGGCGCGUACGCGAACAUCAACGCCGAAUGGGUCAACCGCAAGGGCGCCUGGCUUAUACAUGUCGUCCUCAUCGCGACCGGGAAGGUCGUCAUCGACAUUAUCCCCGGCAUGACGCAGGAAAUUAGCUGGACGACGGUCAACCUCUGUUACCUUGCUUUAUCGUAUCUCAUGUUCCACUGGGUGACGGGCAUCCCGUUCCAGAACGAGAUGCACGGCGGUGCGUACGACGACCUCACGCUCUGGGAGCAGAUCGACGAGGGCGCACAAAAUACGCCGUCCAAAAAGUGGCUCUUCUUCGUCCCUGUGGCUUUGUUCCUCAUGUCCACGCACUACACAAACUACGACCCGUGGCUCUUCGCCAUCAAUCUCUCCGCGCUCAUACUCGCCCUGAUCCCGAAGCUUCCCUUCGCCCACCGGCAGCGCGUCCGCUUCAUGACCGAAGACCAAUCCGGCAUGGCUACGCCCGUCACGCCU